AUGACGCCGAACCGCGACCUGCCAGAACCCGCUGGCGCUCGGGUUCAUCCUGCGGCCUGCUUCUCAGAAGACUGUGUCUCUCGCUCGUCGUCUGCCUCCUCCUCCCUCCCCGCAGCAGCCUACUCUUCGUCUCCGUCGCCGGGCGGGGGCGCGUGGGACGGCGAAUGCGGCGCCGAGGCGAUUGAGCAACUCUUUCUGCUGCUCCGCUGCGGAAAGGGCAAGGCUGUGAAGAGUCUCCUGAAGCGCCUGCCGCGCGCUGUCGUCCACGCGCGAGACGCCGGGGGCCACACACUCCUGCACUGGGCUGCCUUGUGCGGAGAAAUCGAAGUCCUCAAGUUCCUCCUGGCUAGGGGCGCCGACCCGGACGCGCGGGCGGCGGCGACGCGGCAGACGCCGCUCAUGUGGAGCAUCAUCCGAGACAACAUCGUGGCGAUGCGCCUGCUGCUCGACACCCUCGAGUCGCCCUCUGCCGGCCUCGCCGCCGCCUCAGGUCCCGUUCCAGCCGCUGCAGCGCCCCAUGCUGCGCCUGCGGCGGCCGCCGUCCCUUCUCUCUCUUCUCCCCAUGCGGCGUCGGGUGCGGCUGGCGUCGCGGAGGCGCCUGCCAAGGAGAGGCAGCUCGCAGGCGAGCUCGGGGGUUGGCGCGCCCGCGACAGCAAGGGCGCGACGUGUGCGAUCCUCGCCGCGCAGCACGACUCGCGUAGGGCGCUUCUGCUUCUGGUCAGGCGCGCCGGCAGAGCGUGUCUGGAUGAAACCGACGAAAACGGAUGCAGCCCUGCGCACUGGGCUGCCUUCAAGAACCACGUGGAAGUCCUUCGCCUGUUGCAUUAUUUCGAAGCGGAUUUCACCUCCAUCGACCUCUUCGGCUGUCUCGCCCUGCACCGCGCGGUGGAGGCGGGUCAACUUGAGGCCUGCAAAGUCCUCGUGGAGGAAUGCGACGUCAGCCGGAACGAACGGAACACCAAGUCGAACGUGUCGGCGCUUGAGCUUGCGGAGAGUCUCCAACCGCCCCGACCCGACUUGGUGGCGUUUCUCCGCGCGCCGCACGUCAGCCGCCCUACGCGGGCCUUGCCGCUUCUCCAGGCGUCUGAGCGCCCGGGUCGCGGCGGACGAUGGCAGUCGCUGCGGCGCAUGACGAAUCUCUUCUGCAACUGGAACGAGCCCCUCAAGUACAAGCACCCCAGCAUCAUCGUUCUCUUCUGCCUUCUUCUCAUGAUCUACACGUCCCGAGUAACCUUUGCGUGCCUCCGCCCUUCUCGCGGCGCGCAGCUUGCGCUGCCGCACUUUUUGCAGUCGCCGUGCGGACUCGAGGCGCAUGCGCGCGCGUCGGGAUCCUCCUCCGCGUUCGCCUCGCUGUUUGGCUCGCCGCCCUCGAGUCCGCGGGCGCCAUGUCCCGAGGCUGCGCAGGCCGCGCGGGGAGACGCGCAGGACCUGGGACUUUUUCUCCUUGUCGUGGUGUCCGAUCCCGGCAUCAUCCGCAAGCGGCGGCGCGGCGCGAGCGCCGUCGAGGAGCUCAUGCAGAUCCUCGGCGACAGACAGACGAGUGCAGAGACACUUGCAGCCCUCGAUCCUGACCGCCUGUGUCGAUCUUGCUGGGUUUACCGCGCGCUGCGGACCAAGCACUGCUUCGUCUGCGACCGCUGCGUCGAGGGCUUUGACCAUCACUGCCUCUGGUCGUACAACUGCGUCGGCGCGCUCAACGCACGGCUCUUCACUUCGUGGCUCCUGUACCAUUUUGCUACUCAGCUGCUUCACUUGUGCUGCUCUCUCGCCUUCCUAUCGGUCUCGGAUUCGGCCGGGGAGCCAAGUUUCACCGACGCGGUUCUCCACGGGCGAUGUCCCAACCGAGCUUUGCUUCUUUUCACGACGCUGCUUCAUGGACUCACCCUCCCUCGCCUCAGCGUGCUCGUGUACCGACACCUGAGAAAUAUCGCAGAAAACGUCACGGCGAACGAAGUCCUCAACCGCAGCCGGUACGCGUAUCUGUGGCGGGCGGUCUCGGCUCGCGGCCAGCGAGCCGUGCGCGGCGCGAGAAAAAGUGUAAAUCCCUUUUCCGCAGGAGUGUGGAAGAACUGUGUGACGUUUUGGCUCGGUCGGCGAACAUUUUACAGCGCGUCGGUUUCGAAUGCGCUGCUUCAGCUUCGCCAGCUGUUUCCGCCCCUCUCGCCCUCCGCGGCGGCGCUCGCGCGGUCGCCGGCGCACGCCCAGGGGACCUCCCCGUCGUUCGUUUCGCGUCUUCUCUCCUUUUUUUCCGUCAGCGCCAUCCUCGCAGCCCUCCGUCCCUGCAGGCGGACACCCCCAGGGCCUGCUGCGCGCGAGACUCAGCCAGACGAGAGCGGACGAGGGGUGGCGUCGAUGCACAGAGAAGCCGCGCGGCAGACGCGGGGCGGAGAAGAGCGCUGGACGGAGUCGGGAGUCGAGCUGCGCUGCUUUGCCUCUGAGGAGAAGUGCAGCGGCAGGCCCGACGCGCGUGCGAUCGCCAGAGGCGGAAAAGCAGAUGGCGUGGCGACCACGGCUGCGAGCGCCAGCCUGCACAAGUCGCUCAACAAAGGCAAAGUCGUCUGA